AUGGGACAGCGGAUAGCCAAACUGAUGCGAAUCUUUGGGAGCCAGGAGCACAAAGUCAUCAUCGUGGGACUGGACAAUGCAGGAAAGACCACCAUUCUCUACCAGUUCCUGACCAAUGAGGUGGUUCACACGUGUUUCACCAUUGGUAGCAACGUGGAAGAAGUUGCUCUUCAGAAGAUCCACUUCUUCAUGAGGGACUUAGGGGGCCAGGAGGCUCUGCUCUCCAUCUGGGACACACACUACUCCAAUAGUGAGUUUGUCAUCCUUGUGAUCGACAGUACUGACCGGAAUCGGCUGCUGACCACCUGGGAAGAGCUGUAUAAGAUGCUGGCCCUGAAAGCACUUCAAGAUGCCUCAGUCCUGAUCUUUGCCAACAAGCAGGAUGUGAAAGACUCCAUGACCACAGCAGAUAUCUCCAAAUUCCUCACACUCACUGCCAUCAAAGACCACCCCUGGCAUAUCCAGGGCUACUGUGCUCUCACUGGAGAAGGGUUGCCAGCUGGGCUUCGGUGGAUGCAAUCUCAGGCCACCAACUGA